AUGGAGAUAGAGAGGAACAUAGACAGAGGAAGCCAUUGGGUUAUUCUGGCCGUACUCUACAUUAUCCCAGCAGACAUCAACACCCUGAUCAACUACUUCAGUUUCGCCCAGUGGGCUAUCUACGGACUCACAGCUCUCGCUCUCAUCGUCAUGCACUUCACCAGGAAGGAACUCAAGAGGCCCGUCAAGUGUCCCAUGCCCAUAGCUGUGCUGGUGGUGAUCGUGUCCUGCUACCUGGUCCUAGCACCGAUCAUAGACAAGCCAGAGCUGGAGUAUCUGUACUGUACCAUCUUCAUCCUCAGCGGUCUGCUGCUCUACUUCCCCUUCGUUCAUCGCAGGUUCAGCUGGACACACAGGGUCAUGAGGCCAAUCACCAUGCAUCUCCAGCUGCUGAUGGAGGUCGUUCCUCCUGAGAAAAACGAAUAGAGGAAGAUAAUAAACAGCCUAAACUGACUGAUGUGGACAAAUGUAUUUGUGCAUCCCAAAUGGUACCCUUUUCCCUAUGUGGUGCACUACCCCAUAGGCCCUAGUCAAAAGUAGUGCACUACUUAGGGAAUAGGGUGCCAUUUGAGACACAGACUUAGAAAUUAAGGUUCUGUACUGUGUCAUA